AUGGGUCUUCUCCAACUGGACUCCAGAGCUUUUGCUCUUGUCGGUUUGCUGGUCUUUGCUGUAUAUGUUGUCACUACGCUUCGCCAAUGGGCACGUCUACGACACUUCCAGGGGCCCGCUUUCGCUGGCUUCUCCCAGUUGUGGCUUAUUUCCUGCGUUGGUGGUGGCCGAACUCAUCUUGACCUCUGGGAGGCAUGCAAGAAAUAUGGAGAUAUCGCACGUGUUGGGCCAAACGAUCUCAUCACAUCUGAUCCAGACUUGAUGAGGCACAUGCUCAAUGUUCGCACACGGUUUCAACGCUCAAGCUGGUACGAUGCCAUGCGACUAGAUCCCACCAAGGACAACGUACUGUCUCAGCGCAAUGACGAUUUGCAUGCUAGUACUCGUUCCAAAAUGGUCGCGGCGUAUUCCGGCAAAGAGGUCGACAACAUCGAAACGACCGUUGACACCAAUGUUGAACGUCUCAUCGAUCUACUGGAAACGAAGUAUAUUGCCAAUAAUAAGGCUUUUGACUUUGGCUACAAGGCGCAGUAUUUUACCCUUGAUGUUAUCUCUUCCCUCGCUUUUGGCGAGGAGUUUGGUGAUUUGGAAUCCGACUCUGAUGUCAACGGCUACAUCCAGGCAAUGGAGGAGAGCAUGCCUACUAUCAUCGUCACGACCGUCAUGCCUUGGAUGAUGAAACUACUGCAGCUACCUAUUUUCAAACCUAUGCUUCCCUCAGAAAAGGACAAGGUUGGUGUUGGAAAGGUCAUGGCUAUUGCUAAGAGAGUUGCGGCGGCGCGAUUCGGUCCCGAUGCCAAGGAACAAAGAGACAUGAUCGGCUCUUUUGUUGCCCGAGGACUACUCCAGCACGAAGUGGAAUCAGAAAUUCUCAUGCAAAUUCUAGCUGGAGCUGAUACUACAGCAACCGCUAUUCGAGCAACCAUGCUGUAUAUCCUCACUAACCCUCGAGUGAUUGAGAAAAUGCGAGCCGAAAUUGACCAAGCCAGACCUAGUCUACCUGUCAUUACAGACAGUGAAGCACGUGAUAUGCCAUAUCUGCAAGCUGUCGUCAAGGAAGGUCUUCGAAUUCACCCACCAGUCGUCGGUCUCAUGUCCAAGGAAGUUCCUGCCGGUGGCGAUACAUUCAAAGGAAAGUACUUGCCAGGCGGAACCAAAAUCGGGUAUUGUGCUUGGGGAAUAUUCCGCCGAAGGGAUAUCUGGGGUGACGAUGCUGAUGAAUUCCGUCCUGAACGCUGGCUAGACUGCUCUGAGGAUCAGCUUCGCUUGAUGGAAGGCACUCUUGAACUUGUCUUUGGGUAUGGACGAUGGCAAUGCCUGGGGAAGACCAUUGCACAAAUGGAAUUAAACAAAGUUUUUGUUGAGCUUGUCCGACGCUUUGAUCUCUCAGUGGUAGAUCCUAUCAAACCAUGGCAUUCAAUCAAUGUUGGAGUUUUCCUACAAUCUGAAUACUGGAUCCGAGGAUACAGACGGAAGAAUUGA